AUAAAGUCACAUUCCUAUAGAUACAUGUUAUGUUAAGUCAUAUCCAUUAUUGUGCAUCUUCAUUCAAGUGAGCCACCACUACAUUAUUGAAAGCCACUCGCCUCUUUCUGUCCUUUAUAUCCAUUCAUAUACCUCUUUACAACUUUUUCUAAAGUUCCUAGUUAUUUUAGGUGAAACUUCGGAGGGUGAAGAAAAAAAAGAAUUUCAUCCGUUGCACCUAGCUUCACUGAAUGGCAGCAUCACUGAAAUGGAGGCUCUACUCUCUCUUGGAUGUCCUGUUGACAUAAGAGAUAGCACAGGAAGAACACCACUAAUGAUCAGUGCAUUCUAUGACAAGAUACAUGCUGUCAGCUACUUACUAGAAAAGGGAGCAGAUCCCUCUCUAGUCGAUUGUGACGGAUGGAAUGCAUUACAUUUUUCUUCAAAGGGUUGCAACCUUGACAUCAUAAACCUCAUUCUGAAUUAUAUGCCUGAUAUUGAAUCAAAGGAUUGGAAAGGAUGGACUCCACUAAUGAUCGCUGUUUCCGCUUCCUAUGGAAAGCCUCAGAUUGCAAGGUACCUUAUUGAAAAUGGCUCUGAUCCUUCUCAAGAAGAUCCUUCUGGAUGGAAUUCGUUACAUUGUGCCUCACAGGGUGGGUGCCCGGAUGUAAUUGAGCUGCUUCUUCACUAUGUGCCUGAUAUCGAAGCUCGAACUGCUAACGGUUGGACGCCCUUAAUGAAUGCUGCUGGUAAUGGUAAACUAGAGGCGGCAAAGUAUUUGCUUGCAAAGGGAGCAAAUCCAACAGCAGAGGAUGACAAUGGGUGCAAUGCAUUACAUUUUGCGUCAUGGAGGGGUGACCCUCAUAUCAUUGAGCUUAUUUUUAGCCACAUGCCUGAUAUUGAUGCCACAAAUUCUGAUGGCUGGACACCUCUAAUGGUCGCCGCAUGCAAUGGUAAGCUAGAGGCAGUCAGGUGCCUAAUUAAAAAUGGAGCAGAUGCUUCGCUAGAGAAUGAUGAGCGAUGGAAUUCAUUUCAAUGUGCAGUGAAGGGUGGUAACCCUCAAAUCAUCGAAAUCAUCCUGAGUUACCUUUCUGAGACCUGUCACAUGCCUGAUGUUGACUCAAGAUGUGUGGAUGGCAGAACGCCUCUGAUGAUUGCCAUUUCGUGUGGCAAGCUACAGGCUGUAAAAUACCUUCUUGAAAUGGGAGCAGAUCCAUUAUUAGAGGAUAACGAUAAAUGUAAUUCUUUGCAUCAUGCCUCAAAAUGUGACCCAGGAAUCAUGAAGCUACUGCUGAGUCAUGUGAGCAAAAGACAAGAUGAACCUUCACAAGUCUCAAAUGAAAGACACAAAGAAGAACAAAACAAAAACAAAGCUUCAGUGACAGAGAAAGUUGAGUGCAGGUCAAAUGAAACAGAAGGAACACACAAGAAGGAGAGUUUGACAGUUUUGACAGCAACAGGCAAAGCUCCACACAGCUCUGUUGACUGUGGAGAGACAGACAGGAAAAAACAAGGACAGACUGUACCAUGCAAAGCUCCACACAGCUCUGUAGACUGUGGAGAAACAGAGACGAAAAAACAAGGACAGACUGUACCAGGAAAUAGGAAAGACCUUUGUGUAAUUGCAGAUUGA